CCGUAUAUCUAUCCAGCUGUCCGUGGUUUGGCAGUCCGGUGAACGAAUUUCUCGGGGUGAUCAUUACGUAGGGUUUAUGCUGGUGGCCUUUUCCACGAGCGACGGUGAAAAUUCAAGGUGUCAAAAUAUCGAUACACGAUCGAGUGCCAAUCGAAAACCUGUUAGGUAGAACUAAUUUUGAACAACCUAUAACGGUAUUGUACGAUAGAGUGGCCUUCGGACUGACAAAAGGCGAAGACGUACGCAGCAGAAACAACUGGCGUUCUCGUAUAUGUGACGAGGUCGUCGAAGUAACCGUCGUGCGGAGCUGUGAUUACUUUUAUUGAAGUAUAGCAUUAACGUAAGGUGUGGACGGCAUCGUAACGUUCUGGAACUAUCCAUAUCAACGAUUUGGGAGCGACAAGCCCAUUCGUGAGGGAUGUCUACCCCCGCAAGAAGGAGACUAAUGAGAGAUUUUAAAAGAUUACAAGAAGACCCACCCACUGGAGUAUCAGGAGCACCAACAGACAAUAAUAUUAUGAUAUGGAAUGCAGUUAUAUUCGGACCACACGACACUCCAUUCGAAGAUGGUACCUUCAAACUUACAAUAGAAUUUACAGAAGAAUAUCCAAAUAAACCACCUACAGUGAGAUUUGUUAGUAAGAUGUUUCACCCUAAUGUAUAUGCAGAUGGAGGCAUUUGUCUUGACAUACUGCAGAAUCGUUGGAGCCCUACUUACGAUGUCUCUGCUAUUCUAACAUCCAUACAGUCCCUUUUGGAUGAACCAAAUCCAAAUUCUCCAGCCAAUUCUUUAGCGGCACAAUUAUAUCAAGAAAAUAAGCGAGAAUAUGAGAAGAGAGUAGCUACUGUUGUUGAACAGUCUUGGUUGAACUUCCAGGAAAGUCACACGGAAGAUUCCCGCUGACAUUAAGUAUGACUCAUUAAAUAAUUUCAUAAAAUUCAUUUGAUACAAUCUUUUAUAUCGUUUCUAUGAAUUUGUGGCGUAAAAAUAUUUUUCCUGUGCCUCCAAAGUUAUACAUUAAUAAAUCCUCCAUUGUUCUACAAAAAUUCACUUCUAUAAUUACUAGCCAAUGAUGCUAUCUAACUUUACCACUUAAUUUCAGAUACGUAAAAAUGUAGAGCACUGGAUGUAAUCAUUAUCUAUAAGUAUAAGUAAAAUGUGUAUGAUUUUGCUCAUUAUAAUUAAAAUUUAGGCGCAUACACAACAAAAUUCAACAAAUAAAAGAGAAAAAAAUACGUAUAAAUACCGCUUUGCAACAUUGAUUUACAUUAUAACUAACAGUUGUAUUUAAAUAUAAGUACACCUUUAUCAGAUAAUUUUUAAACAGUAAAAAAAAUUAAAUGCCGCUUGCUUAUGUAUUCCACGAAAACGGAUUGAAAAAUAGCUUGCUUUUUUUUUUAAAUUCGGAAGGUAAAUGUGUCAGUGUACAAAUAAUAUAGUACGUACGGUUAACUUUGUGAAAGGAUGACUAAUAUCUGUAAGUUGCUAAUAAAGUUGAAACAACAUCAGUAACGGUAUAUUCUAAUUAGUAUCCUUUCAUUAUAAUUUUUUAAUCAAUUUGAAAGGAAAGGUAAAAAGAAUCAAAUUGAUUACCCUAAUAAAAAUCAGCAAGUUUAAUGAAAACGUUAACUUUAUUUUUUAUAAACAUGUUCCAUAAAAAAAAAAUUUGUAUAAUUACGCAAAACACAAAUUGAUAUAAAACAAUUUGUUUUGCUGCUUAAGUUCGUACUCGGCUAUGAAAAAUAAUAGCUUGUCGAACAUGUACGUUACAUACUAAACAGAAUUUGUAUUCUAAAAAUACAAUAUUUUUAUAUACAAAGAAUAUUUUCAUUGUAACAGAAAAGGUACAUGUAAUGGAACUAGAUAUACGAGUGUUUCUUAUAGUCUCAAUAAUUUUCUUCUGCGCACGUAUGAUUUGUAU